UGGGCUAAUCAAAUAGAUAUGGCCUUGGUAAUGACGGUAGAACCUGGGUUCGGAGGCCAGAAGUUCAUGGAGGAUAUGAUGCCAAAGGUUCACUGGUUGAGGACCCAGUUCCCAACUCUGGAUAUAGAGGUCGAUGGUGGAGUAGGUCCUGACACUGUUCAGAAGUGUGCGGAGGCAGGAGCUAACAUGAUUGUGUCUGGCAGUGCCAUCAUGAGGAGUGACGACCCCAGAUCUGUAAUCAACUUACUAAGAAAUGUCUGU